AGCGAAUCGGGUCGCGUACACGGGAAAGAGCAGAGCUUGCUCUCACUCUCACCUUCAUUCGCUUCCGAAGUUUCGUUGCACGCGGUUCGCGUUUCGGUGUUGUGUGUCGUUGUUUUGGGGUCCAUCGGAAUUUGCAACGAUUUCUGGCAGACGCAAACGCGUUCCGAUCGAUCCUGUUGCACGGUGCUUCCGGUUCCGUUUCGCCCUUAUAAGCCAGCCAAUAUCCGCAGCAAAAAGCUUACGUGCGUGAGUCUUGCACGAGUUUUGUGUCACCGUGUGCCGUUCCGUGACGAUUGUCGUCAGCCGUGGAAAGCUUGUUCUGUUACUUCGGGUUCGGUAGUGCGUGCCCGAGUUGUGUGGUGGGAAGUUGUGUGAAGCGUCGUAGAUGCGGGUGUUGUGUUGGGCAAUGUUACAGUGAGUUGGAAGGAGAAAGGGCAGCAACAGCAGCAGCAGCAGCAGCAAUGCGAAGCAACGCAAAUGUCAGUGAAGCUCUCUCACCGACGGGCAAAGCUCUCGCACCAGCACGAAUCUCGCGUUCACCGCAUCUCACCGCGUCUCACUAGAUGAGAAGAAGCCGCUCAGCUGCGUGCGGGAUGGGAAUAUGUAUUGGUCCGUGGCCGUAGUUUUUCGUUAUGGUUUUGCGCGGGUGCUUCCCCGUGUAAUCGCCGAUCCGCGUACGCAGUAAGGGACCCGAAUAAGGGGUCCGCAAAGAAAAAAAGGAAGGAAAUGUCCUGAAGAAAAUGGUUCAAAGAAUAAGCCAGGCAGUUUAGGGCAUAGGGCAAAAAGUCCGUUGCUUGUGUGAGUGCUUGCGUAAGCAGCAUCGUGUGGCCGCAUUCGACCGGAUCGGGCAAGGAUAUGCCGGUUCCCAACCGGGGCCACAUCCUUGCGAGUGAGUGUGUGCAGUCCUCUCCGUCGUGGUGUCUAUUGAUUUUGAUGCGUGUGUGUUGUUACGGGUCGUGCCGUGGGUGAAGAUGAUGUGCAGGUGUGUGUUUGUGUACGUGUGCGCUUUCGUUCAGUGUGCGUUUGAGCCAGUGUGAGAAAACAUAUGGAUUGUUCGCGGCAACCAAGUCGGAAGAAGUUUUAUUGUGAAAGAAAAACGGGAAUGUAAAAUUGGGUCGCUCUUAAAUUGGGGGGAAGCCCGUAGUAAAAUUCAAGCGGUGCAAAGUGAAGCUGUGUGUGCGAAAAGGAAAAAAAAGUGUGUGAGAGAAAAAGCGAGAGAGUGAGAGCGAAAGAGCGAGAGGGAGAGAGUACAGGAAAUGAAAAGCACGUGGAAACGGAAAAAAGGUCCUGUGCACGGAAAAUCGGCCGUGGUGAAAAGUGUCACAAAUUGAAAGAUUUUCCUGUGCGAAAUAUCGUACGAGCAGCGAAACAAAUACAACAAGAAAGCUUUUCCCCAAACCCGAAACCAUCCGGCGCUCAAUUGACAUAAAAAGGCUGAAAGACGGCCGUGAAGCGGUGGAAGACGUUAUGUGGAUGUGUUUCGCACAGAAUAAACAAUCAUGCUCGCCGAAGAUACGCGACGCUUUCGUCACCUUCGCCGGCGGUGUUAACCCAAUUGUGAACUAGGUUUGGAAAAGGUUCAUCAGAAUAGCGGCGCGUCUCCCGCUCACAAUGGCUGGUGAAAGUCCACCGCGACGCCUGUCGCAGAUAUUCGACCCUCUGAUGAGCUUGAGUGAGCUUCAGGCCCAGAUACAGCAGCAACAACACCAGCUAGCUCAUCUAAAGUAUUCCAGCGGGGGAGGAAGCGGUGGUGGUGGUGGUGGAAGUAGUGGUGGCUGCCCAACACCACCACCUCUUGUGCCUCACCCCCAGUGCGGUAUGGGUAUGCCACCGAUGCCAUCCUCUUCCUCGACGCAAACGUUCUCGUCUUCCUCGACGCUACAGCAUCAUCAUCCUCAUCAUGGAGGUGGUGUCGGUGGUGGUGUUAGCAGUGUUAGCGCCGGUCAUCCGAAUGGUGGUGCCGGGUACUACAACACGACAGCUUCCUCCUCGACGUCUUUGUCGUCUGUGUCAAAUCAAAGCACGAAGCUUAGCUCUAGCAGCAGUACUGGUAGCUACAUCGGUGGUACGCUCGGUUCGGGUGGUAGUGGGAGUGGUGGUGGAGGAGGUGGUGGUAGUGGUGGAGGUGGAGGACUACCUGUGCCACCACCGCACGUUUUGGGUAGGAUAAUGAUGGGUUCACGAUCAACGCCAAACAGUCCACGGUUGAUGAGUCGUCGAAAUGGGAGCGGAUCGAAACCUCCACCAGUGCCACAAAAACCGAACGCGGCGUACAUCGCGAACCCGUCGCUUGUUGCGCUCGACUGUGAUGCUCCCUGGCCACCGCUCGGUAACCUUGGCCCUGAUCCACUCUCGAUGGUGGAUGGACAUCAUCAUCAUCUUGGCGGUGGUGGUGGAGCUGGGGGAGGAUAUCUUCAUCAUCAACCGGAAAUAAACUGGCAGGAGCGGUGUUUAGAGCUUCAGUUAGAAUUGCAUCGAUCGAGAAACCAGGCUGGGCGUGUGCGAGACAUGCUGCGAGAAAAGCUCUCCGAACUGGAGCAGCGCGUUAUCGAAGCCGAAGAACGAGCCGAUGAGGCUGAAGACAAGGUGCGGGCCAUGGAGCAACGACUGUGUGACUGGCCCAAGUCACAGAACUUAACCGGGCCGUCACCCUCACCGAGCAGCAAUCCAGCCGUAUCGGCCGGUGCGCAGCAAUCGAUCGCGGCAGCUGGCACGGGACCGGCUGGGCACGGUCCGGACCACCCACCCAAAGGUACCGAUCCGGUGAAGAUCAGUCAGCUCGAGUCGGCCAUCGAGGAGCAGAAACAGCUGCGCCUGCAGGACGCCCGGCAAGUCGGUGCCAAGGCGGCCAAAAUCAAGGAGUGGGUCACGAACAAGCUCCGUGAGCUCGAGGAGCAAAACCAGCUGCUGCGCGAACAGAACAUCAAGUGCAACCAGCAGCUGGAGCUGCUGCGCAACCACAUUGCCACGCAGAGUACGCGCCACAGCAGUGUCGCCCCGUCGCAACCGGUCCGGACGAGCCUGAGCCUGGACGUGCAGGACGUGAAGCGACGCAGCGGGCGAAGGCGUAGCGAAUCGCUUGACCCACCCGAACACCGGUCACUGCACGCCGGUAGCUCCGGCUCGCACCAUCACCCUCACCACCACCACCACCACCAUCACCAUCAUCGGCGCAAUCUGUCGAUGGAACCGCAGGAACUUGCGCGCGAUUUGGCGGCUGCCGUCGAUGGGUUGAAUCUGCUGCCGCUUGCCCAGCAGCAACCGCACCAGUCGACGGCACAACCGUCGGCCAUGGCGCACCAUCCACACCCGCCACACCAUCAACAUCCGGCCCCACCGCCACCGGGCGUCGGCGUAAGCCCCGGGUCGGAUGUGGACGCGGUGCACGAUUACGCCGAAAUAUAUACGCCAUCGCGCGAGAAAGCACCGGCCUGGUUGAAGGGUUUGCCGAGCGGUGGCUCGAGCACUACUACCUCGGAUUCGGUGGCCGAUCUCGGUACGCCACGGCCGCCCACACCACCGCUCCAUCGAUUCCCGAGCUGGGAAGCCAAAAUCUAUCAGGUCGCUAACGAUGGACUGGCGGGGGCUGGGGGUGGUAGCAGCAACGGGGUGGGAGAGGAAACCGAAUCCCAAGACCAAGAGUCCGGGUCCGGCAUGACGUCCAGUGUCGGGGGUGCGAACACGCGCUCGCAAACCGUGUCCGGAGGUUACUGUGAUAUCAGCGUACCGGUGUACGCCACCGUGAAGGGGCGUGCAUCACAAAUCCGUUCGAUGCCAUUCACGGGCGAUUCUAGCGACGAUAGCAGCGAUGGGGAAGAUGGGCACGGUGCGAUGCUGACGUGUGCCACCUCGACGCACAAUUCGCACAACUCGACCAGCACGGACAACACGGAGACGAGCACGUCCGGCAGUGCCUCUAGUCCCUCGAAGAGCCUCAAAACCUCCUCUAGUCUCAGCCCGGCCAAACGUUCCGGCUCGGAAAGUCCAAAGAACAAAGGCCGCGCCAUUUCCGAACUGUCCUUUGAAUCAGGCCUCUCGGACGACUAUGCCAUCCCACCGGAUGCCGUUUCGACGGUCGAUACGACCUGCAUGGACGCCUCGAUGCCAUCCCUCCUGAUGCGCACCUCGUACGCCGACUCGCCGAACAAAAAGAUGGAAACGCUCGAAAAGGUUGGCCAUCUGGCGAAGCUGGGCGGCAAGCUAAAGACCUGGCGCAAACGUUGGUUCGUGCUGAAGAACGGUACGCUAACGUACUGGAAGAGCCAGCACGACGUUAACCGGAAACCGCAGGGUCAGAUUGCACUGGACGAAGCGUGUCGCAUAAAUCGGGCGGACGGUGCUUCAACGUUCGAGAUCGAUACGGGCAAAAAAGUGUACUAUCUGACGGCCGAUUCGAACGCCACGAUGGACGACUGGAUACGUGUGCUGCAGAAUGUACAGCGACGGAACGCGACCAAGUUACUGCUAAGCCGGGACGACCAGAAACCCACUGUGCAGGGCUGGGUGACGAAGGUGAAGAAUGGACACGCGAAGAAGUGUUGGUGUGUGCUGCUGGGGAAAAUGUUCCUUUACUUUAAGGCACCUGGCGAAACGAAUCCUCUCGGCCAAAUCAAUAUGCGUGAUGCACGCGUCGAGGAAGUUGAGCACGUGUCCGACUCGGACUCGGAGGAACGUGAAGAUCCCGCCCAAAGCCAGGCGCGCCUCACCGUCGCUAUCUAUCCACAGCAACAGGGAGUGGGUCCAACGUACUUGAUACUGCCAGGCAAACAGGAACGUGAUAACUGGCUUUACCACUUGACGGUCGUUUCCGGUGGUGGACCCAACGCCGGUACGCAGUACGAACAGUUGAUCCAGAAGCUGAUGGAAACGGAUGGUGAUCCAAACUGUGUUCUCUGGAGGCAUCCGAUACUGUUGCACACGAAGGACAACAUCACAUCACCGCUAACCUCACUCCAUUCCGAAACGCUACAGGCGGAAGCGAUCAAGCUGUUCAAGAGCUGCCAACUGUUCCUUUCCGUAGCGGUCAAUCAGCCCGGCAUCGACUAUCACGUGGUGCUCGCCCAAAACGCUCUCCAGCAGUGUCUCGAUAUGGCCGAGCUACAGUCGGAGCUGAUCUGUGCCCUGAUCAAGCAAACGUCGCGCCAUACCGGACAGAAGCUGGGUGUAGGCGUCCAGGUAAACAAGAAACUGGCCAAACCCGCUCGUCAACUACUGCUUUGCGCAACCCAGAGUUUGUUCACUUGCGAUACGCAGCAGGGCAGCGUUGCCCAAGCGAAUGGGAGCUCACCCACUUCCAUUCAGGCUCCAACCGUUCCUCCGAUCGAUUGCAAAUCGAACCCUCCGACCUACACCUUCAUACAGGGCUGGCAGCUGCUGGCCCUUGCCGUGUCACUUUUCGUACCCAAAAACAGUCGCUUACUCUGGUACUUGAAGCUACACCUUUCGCGCAAUGCCGACUCCAAAACGGAAUGCGGCAAGUAUGCGGCCUACUGCGAGCGUGCCCUCGAGCGUACGAUGCAAAAUGGGGGGCGCGAGACGAAACCUUCGCGCAUGGAGGUCCUGUCGAUACUGCUGAAAAAUCCCUACCAUCACUCGCUGCCGCACGCCAUCCCGGUGCACAUGAUGAACACCACGUACCAGGUCGUAUCGUUCGACGGGUCGACCACGAUCGAAGAGUUUCACUGUACGCUGGCACAGGAGAUUGGUUGCCGCGACUCAACGAACGGCUUCACCCUGUUCAGUGACGAUCCGAUCGAGAAAGAUCUCGAACACUAUCUGGAUCCGCAGGCAAAGCUGUGUGACGUUAUCUCGAAGUGGGAAACGGCGUUGCGCGAGAAAGGUUCGGGCAAGUUUGAAAACUCCCGUGUCAUACAGCUGACGUACAAGAAUCGGCUGUACUGGAAGCAUGCGGCCAAGCUGGAGACGGAAAAGGAGCGACUGCUGCUCUGCUAUCAAGUGAACCUUCAAGUGGUUCAAGGACGGUUCCCACUGUCACGCGACCUAGCGCUGGAACUUGCCUCGCUUAUGGCUCAGAUCGACAUGGGCGACUACUCGUCGGACAAAUCGAAAACGAACUCGCUGCAAGCGCUCGACAAGUUCUAUCCCUACCGCUACCGGGACGCCCUCAACCAGGAAGGUCUCAAGGAGCUGCAGGAUCUGCUGUCCGCCAAAUGGGCACUACUGCGCGGCCGCUCCAUACUGGACUGUGUGCGAAUCUAUCUGACGUGCGCCCGCAAGUGGCCCUUCUUUGGGGCUGCCCUGUUCCAGGCCAAACCACGCCACUCGGACCAAGCAAUGGCCUGGUUGGCCGUGUCGGAGGAUGCGCUCAGCGUGCUGGAACUUUCGUCCAUGGCAACCAUCGCACGCUAUCCGUACAGCUCCGUUAUGACGUUCGGUGGGUGUCAGGAUGAUUUUAUGCUGGUGGUCAGCGCCGAAGAUACGCUACAAUCGGUCAGCAACGAGCAGAAGCUGCUGUUUGCGAUGAGCAAACCGAAGAUACUGGAAAUUACGCUGCUCAUUGCGGACUAUAUGAACGCGCUCGGUCACACACUGCCCGGUACGCCCCAGAUGAACACACUCACGCGCAACGGAAGCCAUCGCAGCAUACGAUCCCGCGCACUGCCCGGCUCGCUGACCGGAACGCCCGCCCACAACACGCUAAACUCCCACGCCACCCACGCCAACAACACGCUAACCUCCCACUCGCACACCCUCAACUCCCACGUCAGCCAUACGCUCAGCUCCCACGGUCAGCCGGACAUACUGAAAAGCACACCGGACCAUCAGCGUCUCAAGUGAGCGCGAGAGCGUGGAACCAAAACCCCCAAAAUCGUUUUAAAUUUUUCCCCAGCAAGAGAAAAUCAGGACUCGAUCGGUCUCAUGGAAUUGGUUUGUUUGCCCUUUGGUUUCGAAUCAUGAUAAACGACAACGACGAUAUCAUCCGAUCGAGCUUAACGAGAGCGGCUUUCGCAGCUUGUACUGUAUCCCCCAACAUCAUCAUCAUCAUCAUUAGCUAGCCACUUUCACUUUCGAUUGCUUUAUCCGCUUUAAAGCGUAAUUUAUCAUCCCCUAUAUCAUCAUCAUUAUCAUCUACUAUUGAUUAAGUAGCGUUUUAUGUAAAACUAAAAAGUGACAAACCUAUCCCUUUUUAAUCCAUUUUGUGUUUAAUCCGUCUAGGGUCCUUUUGUAGGUUUAACAACGCGAUCCCAGCUCGUGUGUGAGUGUGGAUGAAGGUUAGAAAUAAUUUCCACCCGGUUGGAAAGGCCCGAAGAUUGUGUUUCCUAAUCUGUUAGAUAGAUAAGAUAAGUCAUCUUGUUCGCCGUCAUGUUUUUGUUUGUUUUUUAACUAAGUCACACCUAAUCAACGAAAAACAUUCCUUUAAGUAAACAGAAGAAAAACGGCAACCAUAUUAGAAAGCUAAGUUGUGCGUGUGUGAAGAGAGCGUAUCCUUAUCUCAUAACCGUUCGAUAUUAAUUGAUUUGUUCUAAAAAAAACAGUUUUGCCAAAGGAGAAAAUGGUGCAGUUAGGUUUUAGCUAUUUUAGUCCCGGUUUUUUUUAUGUGGUUUAAACGAAAGUACUUUCGUGCAUUUAAUUGUAUUUAACGCUUCAUUUUAGCCAGUUGACACAAAACGGGUCUCCCCAAGACACAAGGGGGGGGGGGGGGGGGGCGCCCUUCUCCGAGAAACCAAAUGAAUGUAGUGCAGACAGUCAGUUAUUUGAUUUUCAAAACUAGGUGCUCGGUACAAUUUCGUUUUGCAUCCCUUUGCUAUAUUAUGAUCGCAACAUUAGGAAACCGCCCCCAAACGGGAUGCGACAAAAGAAUCACAAAAUCACAUGCAAAAAGGAGGCAGCAAACACCGCAUAACAAUACAGAAAACCAUUGUGAUCGAAUACGAAUCUAACUAUUAACUAGCGGUGUGAUGAGAAGGCUCCGGAAGCAGCGUACAGAGCAUCUCUGGCAGCCAGCAGAUGAUUACGGGAGUUACGAAUUAUUAGAUAUUAGAAGUGUUCCGUUUGGUUUUUGGUAUACGCGAAGCAACAUUAACCGAGUGUUAACCCAUCCGACCACCACAUGUUAGUCCUUCGAGGACAGAGGCACACCUGCAUCCUGCGAAAAACCAGCUCCCCAGAAGAAAAGGAAACCCUGUUCCCCAUUCACAUUCAACCCUGUAUGUAAUCCUCCCAACAGAUAUGUAGAACUUGUACAACAGCAUUGAUCUUCACUUUUGUGAACGAUGUACCGAUAUACUUUUGUAGGAAGACAGGCCCUUUAGUCAAGACAGAUAGGCGUAGGUAGAACCCAGAUCCGGCGAGCAACCAACCAAACGAAAUCUCGGAUGUAGUUGUGUAUAUUAGUGAUAGGAAUUUUGUAGGUCCGGACGAUCGGAAGUCGGGGAAGCUAUCGGGACGAUAUUAAAACAGCAUACAAGCCCCCGGUCUCCCUCGAGAUGAGGACGAGGAGUCGAAGGAAUGGCAGCAGGCAACCCCCCGGACACAACGACACUGGGUGCGCACCCAACGACAGAGUUUAGACAACAUGUUUAUGCUACGAUCGCCAUGUUUUUUGCGUGGGAUUUGUGGGUCCGUGUAGAAAGGCAACCAUGCUGGUGCCCAUGUUUUUGGAGCUUUUAUCCUCCUUUAUUUUGGGUCUUUUUUUUUGGAUUCGUUUUGCUAUUGCCGCCGCAAGCAUCUCAGGAGCAUCAGGUAGUGAUCGUAGCCGAUCGUCAGAUAGUUCGCGUGUACUCUAACACACUAUACAGUGUAAGCCAUAAGUAGUGGUUAGCGAUUAGCAUAGUUAGAUCGGCCGCCCCAACACCUCCGACAGGAAAUAGUCGCCGGAGAGAAAGUAACUAAUAGCCAAAGCGUGCAGGACGCGUCCCAUGUUUGCUGCCGUUUCUUCGACUCUUCCUUUCGCUCCCGUUUGGUCUUUCUUUGCGAAGACUCAUCAUGCACAAACGCACAGCAGAAGAAGAAGGCUCAGCAAUUGCUGACUCCCAUUUCGUAUCCUUUGUAUGUAGCAUAGACACGCAGGGAAUUAUUUAAAGGGAUAACCAUCCCCGAUCAUCCGGAACUUCCGAACGCAACCGGUAAACAGGCCCUCUGUUGAGGGUUUCAGCGUUUGGCUGGUUCACAUCAUGCAUAAGGCCUAGGUUUGAAAUGCAAAACCAAAACCAAACAAACAAAACACGACGUUGAUGACGAAAUGUGUGAGAAAUUUGGCAACAAAACGUUUUGAUCCGCAAAAGCAAAAGCCGUAAAACGAAGCCAACCAGAGGAAAUACGAACGAACCGGAUGUGUGUCUGUCUGUGUGCGGUAGAAGAGGAAGGGUGAAAAAUCAAGGGUGAUGAUGAAAAUAUUAACCAAAAAGUGAACAUUUGAAUGGUAAUUUUAUUUGUUUUAUGUUUUGUUGUUUUUGUUAUUUUUUUUUUUUAUCUUUUAAUUUCAGAAAACUUUUGAUUAUUGUUGUGAGAAUAUAUCCGAAAAUAGAUGACGCAUAAUGGUUGGGUAAGUAACAUGCUUACGAAUAUUUUCUGUAUGAUGAUGCCUCGAUUUUCUGAACGAUGGGACGGAGCAGGGACUUCAUAGAGCAUUUACAACAGAAAACUGUAAAGAGUAGUAAGCUUAAGCUGUUGUUCAUGUCAUGAGAAUGGCACCGGACAAUCCUGCCCGUAAAGUCCACAUGUACAGACCGUAAGCGAUAUCAGGAACUUUCACAUCACGCUAAGCCCGGGAACCAAAAAGCAAUAGAAAAAAUAAUUGUUGCUCUCAUUUGACGUAAAACGCUGGGCAGAUUAUGUUUAUGGAAGAUCUACAAAGAAAUGACUAUUUGUAUUACCGCAUGGACUUUUUAUCCACGCAGGAACACUUAAUUUUAUUCAACUAUGAUUAAUUCUAAAUUGGUAUACUACACCAGGUCUUGCUAUUCGUUCAGGGACCGCUUAAGGCAGUGGUCGGCAACUCUAUCAAGAAGGAAGGGCUCGCAUUUCCUUACAAAAAGGUGUUUAAUAAUAUGCAAUAAUUUUUUUGUUAAGACUUGCACCAAGGACUUAUGACACAGUAUGACAUAAAGUUCCCUAAACAAGACGAAUUGUCCAUGAGCACGUGCCAUUUCCAGUCUCCUUUAUAACCGUACCUUGGAUAGUCAGUACAGCGUACGAGAAGACGAACCACGUGGGACUCGAAACGGGACCUUUCGUGUAAGCCGCUGGUACCACUAUCGCCUUGGUCCUCAGAACUUCCAUUAUCCUCCAUAAUACAGUUAAUAUUGGUUUGCUACCAUCAAAGUGUCAGUAGAAAGGAUACGGAAAAGAAAAGCUUCUCUCUUUGUAACUACAACUUCAUGGCGCCUUGGCUUGCCCUUUUAAGCAUAUCUUGGUCCUAGCUGGACAAACUGAGCUAGCUGAAAACAAACGCAUCGGCGUAUGGAUUGGCAAGAACUGGUGAUUUUAACUAUUGUUGCAAAACGCUAUUAUUGUAGCUCGUUGAAAAACUCACUGGAUUACUGGACAAUUAAUUCCAUGUAGAUUCUGUAAUAUUUAGAACAGUUUAAAUGUUUAAAUGCUCAAUUUUUCAGUUUAAAUGUUUUAAAUGGGUGCUUUGGGUUUUGGGCACGUUUUGCUCUACAAUUUUGCGUUGAAUGCGUGCGCGGCUGUUAUCUCGACCUCGCUCGUUGGUGAAUGCGUUUGUACCGCGACUAAAAGGGAGCAUACAUAUGAAAGGGAGAGAGAGAGAGGGACACAUACACAGUGAGGGCAAACCUUUUGUGAUUCACACGACCGUAAUGUACGCGUAGAAGUCGUGAAUUGACACCAGGUGGCGUAUAAAAAACCACCACAAAUCUGCCAAGGUCUUUCGCGGUUAAAGAUAAUCAACCGAGAAAGAGAGCAUCAAGAGAGAGAGAGAGAAGGUACAAGCAAGAGCAAUACUGCAUAUUGCUAGAGUAGUGGUGUGCGUGUAAGAGAGUGAGUAAGCUGCAUCCGAGAAGCGUCCGGUAGCACACCGGAACGACCUUGCUCCUCUUGAACGGAAAGUCCCAGGUCGUUGCUUUUCUAGCAGCAGCAGCAGCAGCAGCAGCAGUAACACCACAAGGCACAGGGGUCAGCUUCACAGUUAGGUUAGGUCACGCCGUGUUCUCGCCAGUUCCGGAACCACAUCUUGUGCGUAAAGCCGUGCAGUGGUUACUGCACGCCCGUGGUGUUGUUUACCGUGCAAGCAACCAUCGCAGCCGUGAUGUAGUUUGUUAGUGGUGUGUGUGGUUGUGGUGCAGUGCUAUUUUUCGGCCAAACAAUCGUUCUUGGCUGAUGAAGUGCUUUUCAAAUGUCAGCAGCAGCAGCAGCAGUAGCAGCAACAGUAGAAGCAAUAACAACAGCCACAUCAAUGCCACCUUCGAUCGGGAAGGAAGAUUGAGGUGUGCGAAAAGAAAAUAAAUCGUUCGUGUGUGUUUUUCUGUGCGUGCGUUUGUGAGUGUGUGCGUGUGUGUUUGGGAAACGCGGUAUGGUGGUACUACGGCAUCCGUAAUCGAAAAUUGCACGGAGCAUCAUCAUUUCCCACCAUCAUCAUUAUCAUACCGUUGCGGCCCGUCAUCAUCAUCAUCGGCAGCUCGUUCCGGAGUCACCCACGCCGUGUCAUCGGCGCACGUGCUGAUGCUGUUGCUGCUGUGCCGAAAGUGUGUGCGAAAAGUAUGAGCGGAAAUCGUUGAUUCGUAGUUGUGUGUGUGUGUGGAAAACAUCACUCGCUAACGUCGUUUUGCUAACCCAUUCCGGGCGGCUUAUCGAGGUUUAUCAGGCCCAGAAAGUAGAAGCGUCUAGUAAAUAGUUGCCGGCUGGCGGCGGUUAGCAGCAUUUUUCCGGCAAGCAGUUUGGCUUGAUGCUGCCACAAACUGACGAUCCGCAUCGGCAGCAGCAGAAGCAUCAGCGGCGGCAGCAUCAGCGGCAGCAGCAGGGAGCAUCAUCAUCGAUACCGUAUCACACAUCGUAACGCCGGUUCAAG